AUGGCUGUAUACUCUGAAUCCUGGUUACAACUUGAAACCGCAUCCGGUGGAAGAGUCGCGUUAUCAGGAAAUGCAUCGGAGAUGCGACAGCAAUUUGCAGGGCUUUUUGCGGAUCUCUCUCCGAAUUACCCACCUGCUACAGACGUAUUAUCGAUUAUAGAGGGAGCCCAUGAGUCUAUCAAAUACCGAGUGUAUAUUCCAAAGAACACUACCCCCGACAAGCUUCUCCCUAUUGGUAUAUACACACACGGUGGUGGCUUUUUAUUGGGGGAUCUGGAAACGGAGGAUUUCAUUUGCCGGGAACUUGUCGAACAGACCAAUACGAUCAUCGUUAGUGUUGAUUAUCGUUUAUCGCCCAAUCACCAUUAUCCGGCUCAGUUGAGCGACACUAUCAAAAUCCUUGAAUGGGCGAAUUCCAACGCUAGGUCAUUUGGCGGGGAUGCAGACCAGUUCUUUACUAUAGGAACUUCUGCUGGUGCCUCACUGGCCCUCAUAAGCGCACGAGAAAUUGUCUCGGGCAGAACCUCAGUGAAUCCUGAAUGCUUGAGGGGGGUAGUGGCAAUAAGUCCUUUCACUGCCCACCCAGACUAUAUUCCUCAGGAGUAUCGAUCGGAUUAUACCUCUUAUGAUGAGCUCGGAGACACGGCACCUGUUAUUAGCCGCGCAGUCAUGUCCAAGCUCUUUCGCUGUGAUCCUCUUCGUGAUGAUGGUCAAGUCUUUGCAUCUGCACUUAGAGAAGCAGGUGUGACUGUUCGUGAGCGCAUUUACCAAGGAUUGCCUCAUUGCCUAUGGUUUUUCAGUACCCUUCCUGAGUGGGCUGAAUUCAUCCACGACACUGUUGCCGCAAUCCAGUUCAUUGUUGGAACGUCAAAGGCAACCAAAUGA